AUGACAGAGUCUGAAACAGUCUGGUACCUCGCGUACGGGUCGAACAUGAGCACUGCCAAAUUUACCGGUCGCCGAGGUAUUGUACCCAUGAAGUCCGCCAGAGUCUUUCUCCCUAAUUGGGUUCUAACUGCCGAGAUCCCUGGCGUCCCAUACUCAGAGCCAUCGUACUACUCCAUUCGGCCUCGCAAAGAGUCAGGAGCUGAGAAAGCACUUUCACCGGAUGUCAUCGGCGUUGCAUAUCUCAUCACGGCGGAGCAAUACCAUCGAGUCAUUGCUUCAGAGGGGGGCCAAAUUGCAUACCAGGAUAUACGGGUCUGUGGGAAGCCCUUGGACGCAGCAGAUGCAGAAAACACUGGGGCUGAGGUAGUUGUUCAAACACUGGGAAGCACGACCAUGGUCCGCCACCCGACACCAACCCCCAGUCAGCGAUAUAUGGACGUAGUCAUGGCGGGGGCUGAAGAGGCACAGCUGCCCCUUGCUUACCAAGAGUUCCUUUCCCGGGCUCCCCACUAUGUUCCACCUCGAAGCUGGUGGACGAGAAUUGGCGCGUCUCUCUUUCUCGCAUGGUGCGCUCCUAUGUGGCGGAUGAUAGAUAUCAUCACACACUCCAACACCGGAAAGGAUGGUAAAGUCCCCUCUCCCAUCGUUUGGCUUGUACGGGGUGUUGUGUUUCUCAUUUGGAUGGUCCAUGAUUGGGUUUUCGCUCCCAUAUUCGGACGUGGCGAUGGGAUUGGACAGACGUGGGAGUACCUCUUCGCGAAGGGAGCCUAUAACAAGAAGUCCGGCACAAUCUAUGGAACACUGUAG